AUGACAACCUUUACACUGUUUAAACCUAAUGGGAUCGAGGCAAAGUUUGCCUGGAUGCGGUCUCCUGUCGAAGCUGAGGCCUUGGUGGCGACAAUAUUUGCCUUUUCUGCGAGGUUCCAUUCCUCGGACCGGGACCCAAGGCGGAUUGCUCAAUGCCCAACGCCUUCAUACUUUGCAGCUAUUGCAUCGAGGCGAUUGCAAGAUGCGUUGGACUCGUAUGAAGACACUACACCCCCCUUCCACCUCCUGCAAGCCAUGGUCCUCGAUGUCUUCUACAACAUUUUCAAGAGUCUACGAUCUAAAUCUUGGAGAUAUCUAGGCCAAGCGAUCCGACUUGGCUAUGAUCUGAAAUUACACUUGCUCGACAUCCACUCCGUCGACUCGGACGGCGACAAGACAGAGCGCGACCUGGAACGUUGGUCGUUGUUGGAAGAACGCCGCAGGGCUUGGUGGGCUCUAUGGGAAUUGGACGUGUUCGCCAGCACGAUUCGCCGACUGCCAUUAGCAAUCGACUGGACGCAAAACUUCACCUGGCUCCCGGCCCCAGACGCAUGCUGGUUCCAGCGCGUCUACAAGCAGAGCUGCUUCCUGGCGCCCGACCCAGGACAGCGCUGGAAAAACAUGUCUCGAGUCGUCAGCACAAGCGCAAAGGCGUGGCUCAUAGUCGUCACGUCCCUCAUGCACGACGCGCAGCAGCUCGUUUACAACCCUCUGCCCGUGAGCGAGUCGUCGUCGUUCCAGUCCAAAAAGGACAACCUGGCCAUUGUCGCCAACGCUCUCUACUGCACGACCUCGUCCAUGCCCCGGGAGCUCGUCUACGAAGGACAAGCACUGGACUUUGACACCAAGACACGUCCUCGAGACAUCAACUGCCGGCAGUUUCAUGCCGACAUUUACUCCAUCUACCUCAUGACGCAGCUGGUGCACUUCAUGAGCGACCACCACGUUGUGUGCGCGCAGAUGGCGGCCGCGGCCCGGGCUCACGCCGCCAAUGCGCCCAGAGCUGGCGAUUCACCAUCGUGGUCCAACUACAUGGCGGCUGCCGAAAACAUCGUCACCAUUGUCCGCAACAGCGCGCACAAUCAUGUGAAGUACGUCAAUCCGCUCUUUACCAACACGUUGUGGUUUGCGGCCGCGUCGCAAAUCGCGUGCAGGCUUGUUGGGCCGUCCUGCCGCGCCGAAGCACUCGCCGCUUCAAACUAUGACCUGUUGGAGCUUACUAUACAGAGAUGCACUUCUUUUUGGGGCAGCAGUGAUAUUCUCAAACCGAGGCUGGACACGAUAGAGGCCGAGUUGAGGAGCUUGGUGGCCAAGAAUGCGGACAAGGCGGCAGACGGGGACGAGGCCGCUGCUGAAGGCAACCUGCCGCCGGGGCCGUCUCCAAUCAAUGGCACGUCGUUUCAUGGAAGUGGAUUGGUUGGAGCGCAAGGCGUGUCGAUGGACGCUGUUCAGAUGCCGUUUGUGCCCUUGUUUCCAUCGGGGCAUGACCCAAAUAGUCUAUCGGAGCAAAUCGUGUUUGAUGAUUUGGAACACUUUUUGCCGUAUGGCUUGGAUGAGCUGUGGAAAUUGUAA